AUGUCUUCGCUUCCAUCAAUUGUACUGGUUCACGGAGCCUGGCAUACGCCACCAAAUUAUCGAUCCUAUGUGGACGCCCUACAGAAACAAGGGUUUGAAGUACACUGCCCACGGCUUCCAACAUGUAGUGGCGUAUCGCCACCAACCGCAUCUCUCCCCGAAGAUAUCGCCUACGUGAGAGAAAUUAUCAAAUCGCUCGUCAACAAUGGCCAGCGUGUUCUGAUGAUCUUCCAUUCAUACGGCGGCGCUGUCGGAGGCAGCGCAGUAGAGGGCCUUUCCAUCGCUGAACGGAAGGCUGCCGGGAAACCCGGGGGUGUCAUUCACUUGCUCAACCUGUGCGGAUACUUGCUGCGCGCUAAUACUUCCGUCUUUGACGUUAUUCGAGAGGCUGGGUAUCAAGAUUUAGUGGAAGACUACAUGCCCACAGCCCCAGAUGGCCUCUGUUCUGUUACAGAUCCCGCUACUGGAUUUUUCAGUGGGAGAGCGAGCCAGGAAAUAGUCGAUGAAGCACUCAAUGCAGUAGUCAAGUUCCCAAUUCAAGCCUUUCAUGAUGUGGUAACGGGAUAUGCCUGGAAAACAAUCCCUACAACUUAUAUUCGCACACUGCAAGAUGGUGGUGUGCCGACGGUAUAUCAAGAUAUCAUGUUAGGCAAAGCUCAAGAAGAUGGCAUUUCUUUGAAGGUCAAAACCUUCGAUGCCGAUCAUAGUCUCUUCAUUACUGAGCAGGAGGAAAUGGUGAAGGCCGCAGUUGAUGCUGCCAAUGACGAGAGAAACAUUCUGUGA